UUUCUUUUUUUAUUUCCGCCGAUGAAAAGUGAAAAUCAUCGUUCAAGUUGAAUCCUAUUCGGUGGUCUGCAUCAAUUCGCAGGUGUGACGUGACUUUCGGCGAAUUUUAGAGAAGAGUGUUCCAGAAUUGAUAGAAUGUUACAGUUGUUUAAUGAAUAGAUUAAGCAUACAAAUAUGAAACCUGAAGAAAGUAAUGUAUCCCACCACGUUGAUAACACUUACUCGGCUGCUGUUGAACAAUCGCCACCGUUGAGCCUAUCUAGGGUUGACAGUGUCAGUAAUAAUAAUGAAAAUCACUUGCCAACCAAUUCAAUGGAUAGAAGCACAGCUAUGAUGCAUGAGAAUAUUGACCAAGCAGCAUGUACGUCGCAGGAAACGUCUGCACUAAUGGCAAAACCUAUCCACGAAGACCUACCAACGGAGCAUCUGAGAAGGCAAUCAUCAGUGCAGAGCAAUGAUGAUACUAGCCAAGCAAAUUCGGAAAUUCACUCAAAUGCGCUCGGAGUGUUCCAUCAGAUUCUGGUGACAUGUGCCGUGCUGCUGCUGGCGGCAGCAUGCGGAAUGCCCAUCGGAUACUCUGCGGUUUUGCUGCCCCAGCUGUACAACGUGAGUGAGCCGCUUAGGAUCGACAUCGAAAUGGGUUCGUGGAUCGCUAGUGUCCACAGUCUCGCCACACCAGUCGGGUCCUUCGCGUCCGGUCCGAUUAUGGAUCGCUGGGGGCGUAAACCAGCUCUGCUGUUUGCCAUCAUACCACUGUUCAGUGGAUGGAUACUGCUUGCAACGGCGUCAUCUCAUUUCCUCAUCCUAGUCGGACGAAUCAUCGCUGGAAUCUCCGUUGGACUGAUUGCCGCCCCCGCACAGGUAUUGCUGGCGGAAAUCGCUGAGCCGCGCCUUCGUGGUUUACUCAUCGGAGCUCCCUUCGUGUCGUACUCGAUGGGGAUCUUACUGGUUUACGCAAUGGGCAGCCAUUUCCACUGGCGUGCGGUAGCCUGGGGAGGAACCAUCCUUCCCGUGGUGUCUUUCAUUGCGAUAAUAUUGGUACCGGAGACACCAGUUUAUCUAGCACGAAACAAUAAAUUGGAACAGGCUGCCAAGGCGUUGACGUGGCUGCGGGGUUGUCCAAUCCAAGCCAAGCGAGAGUUACUGCAAUUGAUUCAAAGAUUUCACAAUGAAACCGUGGAUGGAAACAAUAAAGGAUUAUGGAAAUCAUUGACCGAAAUCUCCCUGAUUAAACCACUCAUCAUUAUCAAUGGAUUUCACAUCUUGCAAAUUCUAUCUGGAACCUACUUAGUGGUGUUCUAUGCAGUGGACAUUAUUUCUGAUAUGGGCGGAAGCGAAAUCAACACAAUGCAAGCUGCCGUUCUAACUGCCGUGGUACGACUCGCAUUUACCGUUGUUUACUGCUUUUUACUUUUACUGAUGCCCCGUCGCAUGAUGGUCAUCGGCAGCGGGAUUGGUUCCGGUCUAAGCUGCCUAGCGCUGUCCAUUCUGAUGUACAUACGAUUGAAUGCCGUCAAAACUCCGUUCGAUACCUAUGCGGCUGCGGCAUUUAUCCUGACCUAUAUAGGAGCUAACACGGGAUUCAUGACCAUGCCUGGAAUUAUGAUCGGUGAGCUGCUGCCGGCGAAGAUCCGAGGACAAAUUGCUGGAUAUCUUUUCACGAUUUUCAAUCUGGUGCUAUUCGGAGUGGCCAAGGGUUUUCCGUAUGCAAAGGAAACGUUCAAAACGCAAGGUCUGUUUCUGAUAUUUGGAGUCGCUUCGUUCGGUGCGUCCCUGCUGCUGUAUCUUAUGCUUCCGGAAACGAAGGGUCGAACACUGCAUGACAUUGAAGACUAUUUUCAGCGGAAAAAUUGGCUGUGGAUCAGUAGUAAGCACAGGGAGGGAAAACCUACGAGAGGUACUGUAGAGGAAGAAGGCCAGUCUCUAAAGACAGUUAAAGUUUAAUGAUAUAGGUAGAAUCAUAUUGAAUUCUACUAAUUUUUGAAGAGGAUAGUCAUUCAUGACAGAGCAAAUGGAUCCAUGGAAAGGACAUUGAAGAACAAUGAACCGCUACUAAACACUGAAAUCAUAGAUAACUUCCAUAUUAAUUAUCUUAUCACUAAAAAAGU